AUGGAUAUCUACCCUGCUCACGUUCUGGACAAUGCCCAAAAUUAUCGCAAGAUACUCAUGUCGUACAUGUUUCGAUUCAACGACAUCCCAGACGGCCAACAGCUAGUAGACUCACUUUUAGCAUUGCUCAAAAUUGGCGACUGGCGGAAGCUCAGCGGACGCUUCCGACUCAAUGAAAACGGCAAGCUUGAGAUUCACGUCCCACGACACUUUACAUCCGAAGCGCCAGCCAUUACCUACUCGCACCAAGUAUUUGCCGCGAGUGUCGACACACAUGCUCUGGGGAAGUGGCUACCUCCGCCGGGACAUCACAGUGGAGUGCGGCAAUGCUCCGGCCUGCGAGACUUUGUCGACAUUCGGCUGCGCAACUGGUCACUGGUUCUAAACAACAGAACAGGGGAUGUGCUUCCAUUGGUUGGAGCCCGAGAUGAUACCCUCGAGGAGUUGCUCGUGCGAGAUACUGGGCAGGCUGAAGAGUCAGUUCUCGACAAGUUGAGCAUUGGAUUACUGGGGUCUAUUGUGUUGCUGAUUCGUGCGAUCUGGAUGACAUUGCGGGAUCCAGGCUAUGAGCGGCGAGUUGUUAUCCUGCCCCAAGACGAGGUGAGUCGGCUCUGUGUCCAAGCACGCAGCGAUCUUAAAAUGCAAGGCGGAAAAGAGCUCUUCAUCAGCGAAGCCGACGUUCUCGCUGCAUGGGCAGCGCGGAUGGUAGCAGCCUCACAGCCCAGGCCACGCCCCGUCACCAUCGCCAGCGUUAUUAACCUCCGAUUCACGCUUGAUACCUUGCGGGAAACAAGCGGCGAAUACAUCCAUAAUCUGCUACAGUUAGCUUAUGUUCCCAUUGCACCGGGCCACACCACUGCGCCUUUGGGAAUCACAGCCCUCGCCCACCGGCAGCAGGUCACGGAGCAAUGCACAAAAUCGCAGACGCUCGCCUAUAUUCGCAUGCAACGGGACCACACCAAAGCCACAGGCGACCUCAAGCUCAUGUUUGGCAGCCCAAGAGCUGCAUUUCUAAAGGUCAAUAACCUCAUCAGACUUGACUUUUUCCACAACAUCGACUUCUCUUCCGCCGUAAUCCCGAGUGACGACCCGGGUAUAGGGGUGGGAACACGCCAGAAUCCAGCGGGUACGAUUGUCGAUUAUUUCACGCUGUCUCUCAACCAAGCAACCAUCUUUACAAGUGAUCCCUGUGUCCUCGGCAAGGACCAUUGCGGCAGGAUCCAGAUGCUGGGAACAUUUUAA